AUGUUGUCCGGGGUGAUGCUCUUCAACCAGAAGGGCGAAUUGCUCAUUCUGCGACAGUUCCGUCAAGACAUGCGACCCCGCCUGGCCGAUGUCUUUCGCAUUCAAGUCAUUAGCAACCCACAGAUCAGGUCGCCUAUUCUGACACUCGGGAGCACGACGUUCAGCCACAUCAAGAGUGAAAACAUCUACAUCGUGGGAGUCAGCAAAGGCAACGUCAAUAGCGCUCUGGUCUUCGAGUUCCUCUACAAGCUGGUCCAGCUUGGGAAGAGCUAUUUCGGCCGAUUCGAUGAGGAAGCUGUCAAGAGCAACUUUGUCAUGGUCUAUGAGCUGUUGGACGAGAUUCUGGAUUUUGGCUACCCGCAAAACACAGAGACGGAGUCCUUGAAGAUGUACAUCACGACGGAGGGGGUCAAGUCGGAGAGAGCAUUGGAGGACACUUCGAAGAUCACAAUGCAAGCUACAGGAGCGCUGAGUUGGAGACGAGACAAUAUCAAGUACCGCAAGAAUGAAGCGUUUGUGGACGUCAUCGAAGAUGUCAAUUUGCUGGUAUCAGCCACGGGGACGGUAUUGCGUGCGGACGUCAAUGGUGCCAUUGAAAUGCGAGCAUAUCUUUCAGGCACUCCGGAAUGCAAGUUCGGUCUGAACGAUGCACUCAUGUUGGGCACUCACGGGUCAACAUUGGACGACGGGAUUUCUGGCGGAGAUGGGAGUCGCAAGGCCGCCGCGGGAAGCGUGACACUCGAAGACGUCUCUCUACAUCAGUGCGUGAAACUGAGCUCCUUCACAACCGAUCGGACCAUCUCGUUUGUCCCGCCGGACGGAUCCUUCCAGCUGAUGAAUUACCGCUGCUCCGAGAACGUCAAUCUGCCGUUCAAGGUCCACGCCAUCGUCAAUGAAAUCGGACGCACAAAGGUGGAAUACUCGAUCGCCAUUCGAUCGAACUACGGCUCCAAACUCUUCGCCACCAACGUCAGCAUCAGAAUCCCGACGCCUUUGAACACCGCUUCGACCACCCACCGGACCAGCCAAGGCAAAGCCAAAUACGUUCCUAGCGAGAACGUGAUUGAGUGGAAGAUUGCACGGUUCACCGGCCAGACCGAGUUCGUCCUGUCAGCGGAGGCGGAACUUAGUGCGAUGACCACAUUCAAGGCUUGGAGUCGACCGCCGCUGAGCAUGCAAUUCAGCCUUUUGAUGUUUACCUGCUCAGGUCUGCUAGUCAGGUAUCUGAAGGUUUUCGAGAAGAGCAACUAUUCCAGCGUCAAAUGGGUGCGGUAUAUGACCCGCGCUGGAAGCUAUGAGAUCCGAUUCUGA